UCCUGCGGGACACGAUGGCCAGGGAUGUUACCUUCAGCGACCUAGCAACGGCCCUCUAUGAGAGAUUCCAGACAGAGGGGAAAGUUGACGACGUGGACGAGGCAAUCACAUUACACAAUGCAGCAUUGGAACUUCGCCCAUAUGGACAUCCUGACCGAUCCUUUCUCGCUCCAUGGGCUUGCGGUAUGUUCUGCAAGCAGAUAUGACAAUCAGGGAGUGGUUCACCGACUUGGAAGAAGCCAUCACACUUGGGCGUGCAGCGCUAGAGCUCUAUCCACCCGGUCGUCCUGGUCGUGGUAUGGCUCUCUGCAAUCUUGCUUCUUACCUUCGGAAGAGGUUCGAGAAACAAGCUGUGAUGCAUGAUUUAGACGAGGCAUUUGAACUGCACCGUGCAGCAUUGGAACUCCAUCCCUCUGGCCAUCCUUGGCGGCCUUGCUCGCUCUAUGGGCUUGCUCUCUGCUUUUCGAACAGAUAUGAUAGUCAUGGAGUAGUUGCUAACUUGGAAGAAGCCAUCACACUCGAACGUGCAGCACUAGAGCUCCGUCCACCUGGCCAUCCUGAUCAUGGCAUAUCUCUCAACUAUCUCGCCCGUGACCUCUGGAGGAGGUUCAUGAAACAAUCUGUGAUGCACGACCUAGAUGAGGCAAUUGAGCUGCACCGUGCAGCCUUGGAACUUCAUCCCUCUGGCCAUUCUCAGCAGCCAUUCUCGCUCCAUGGGCUUGCUCUCUGUCACUCGAACAGAUAUGAUAAUCAGGGAGUAGUUGCUGACUUGGAAGAAGCUAUCACACUCGGACGUGCGGCACUAGAGCUUCGUCCACCUGGCCAUCCUGAUCGUGGCAUAUCUCUCAACAAUCUCGCCCAUGACCUCCAGAGGAGGUUCGUGAAACAAUUUACAAUGCACGACCUAGAUGAGGCAAUUGAGCUGCACCGUGCAGCAUUGGAACUUCAUCCCUCUGGCCAUUCUCGGCGGCCUUUCUCGCUCCAUGGGCUUGCUCUCUGUCAUUCGAACAGAUAUGAUAAUCAGGGAGUAGUUGCUGACUUGGAAGAAGCCAUCACACUCGGACAUGCGGCACUAGAGCUUCGUCCACCCGGCCAUCCUGAUCGUGGCAUAUCUUUCUAUGAUCUCGCUCAUGACCUCCGGAAGAGGUUCAUGAAACAAUCUAUGAUUUAUGACCUAGAUGAGGCAAUUGAGCUGCUCCGCGCAGCAAAACUCCAUCCCUCUGGACAUCUUAAUCGCUUUUCAUCCCUCCACUUACUUGCUCUUUGUCUCUCGCAUAGAUAUGACAAUCAGGGGGUAGUCGCCGACAUAGAAGAGGCUGCCGCACUCGGACACAUGGUACCAGAGCUUCGUCCACCAGGGGAUCCCCAUCGUGCUGUAUCCCUUUAUAACCUCAGUUGCGGCCUCUUGACAAUGUUUCAACGACAAGUUUUGAUACCCGGGUUGGGCGGGGUAAAGUUUGUUCGCAGAGCUGCAUCUGUACUCCGCCCAGCAAAUAACGCUAACGCUGCCUCUGUAUUCCAUGUCCUCUCACUACGCCUCAACGACAAGUUCCGGAAACUGGCUGCAAUAGCCGACUUGGACGAAGCUAUUUGUUUUGCUACGUAUGCUUUGGAGCUCCAACUACCAGAACGCCGUCGUUAUGCUUUCUCCGUUGAAAAGCUUGCUGUAUUCGUCAGAGCGCGCGCUCGGAGACUCGGUCAAGGGACGCACUCGAAUGAGUCCGUCAUGCUUGGCCGAGCGGUAGACAAUUUAUGUGGCCUUGGGCACCUCCUCAUGGACAGAUUUCGAAACCAACACGCAAUUACCGACCUGAAUGCAGCAAUCACGUUGUACAGAUACGUGCUGCAACUCCGUCGAGCUGGACAUGCCAGUCACCCCUCGAACCUUCAUAACCUUGCACUAUGCUUAAUAGAGAGGUUUCAUGACACAGCUAUAGUUGGUGAUUUGGACGAAGCCAUCUCACUCGAACAAAAAGCCCUGGAACUAUCUGUUCCUGGAGACCCAGGUUACGACGUAUCCAAGGACUGUCUUGCAACCUAUCUCCAAAUGAAGAUCAGCCCGCAGGUUACGAGGGUAUCUUCAAUCCGAUCGGUCGCUACGGAAUAUGAGGCACCUUGUGUAACCGGGAUGCGCAGAUAUUGCAAUUCACGCGUAGCCCGCAAUACAACCAGCUCUUGUCAUCAGCUAUGUUAUACGACCCCGUGGAGCGAGUUGGCCGUAUACAUGCUGUUAUCUCGAGAUACUUCGGGUUUGCCAUGUUUUCUCACUGCUGGGGAGAAGGUGAACUAUUACUGCGCGAUAUCCAAGGUCGCCCAAUAUAUGACAUGACACAGAGUGGGGGUGUGAAGAAGCUCCAGAAGUUUUGUCUCACUGCUUUCAAGCAAGGUUACCUAUGGGCGUGGAGCGAUACUUGCUGCAUAGACAAAGAUAGCAGCACUGAGUUGCAAGAGGCGAUAGGAUCGAUGUUUGGAUAGUAUCGGAGGUCUGCCUUAACAAUCGUGUAUCUUGCCGACGUUCCGGACACUG